CCGAUCUCCCUACUCAUGCCGCAAAUCAGUUAUUCAUCUGUGUCGCUCACAUUUUUUGUGACAUAGUUGCAACUGAUCGAUGAGUAAUCAGCUGUUGAUUUAAUACGUUUUAGACGAAGUGGAUAUUUUUGAGUAAUUUUUACGACAUAAUUGGUAAUUGACAGUGAGAUUUUGUGUGGCUAAACACGUAACUCAUAGCAUAAAGAUACGGUUUUAUCAAAGUUAUAUGAUAUUGUUUAUUUUUUAAAAAAUUCUACGAAACGAAUAGUAGGUAAAGAGGUUAUAUUUACCUAUGUUCGUUUGACAAUAUAUGAAGGUGAGAUGCGAUGCUAAAUUAAGAUCACAUAAAUAGAGCAAGAGUUAAUUGUAGUAUAUAAGCGCAAAAAUAUUAUUUUUAAAGGAUAUUUCUCUAACCUUGAAUUGUGGAAGAUGCGAUGCGUAUAAAAUUCUGCGAGAGGUUAGAUCAUCUUUGAUGUUUGAUGUUAAAUCUUAGUUUUGUACAAAGUGUUUGUAUCAAACUUACAUACGAAUAACAGAAAUUAUAAACUUUGAGUUCUUGACAAGAACAGAUUUUACGCAAGGAUAAGAAAACAUUAACAAAUACAAUAACUUCAUAUUUGCAAAGAUAAAUAUAAUCUUCAGAAAAAUAAUGGGUCAAACGCUCAGUGAACCUGUAACAGCUAAGAAAUUAGCAUGCUGCAGAAAUUCAAACUAUCGAGUUGGAAGUUCCUGUAUGCAAGGAUGGCGUAUCAAAAUGGAAGAUUGCCAUGUUCAUAUACUUUCAUUACCUGACGAUCCUGGUACUGCAUUUUUUGCAGUAUAUGAUGGUCAUGGAGGUGCGGCAAUGGCACAGCAUGCUGGAAAACAUCUUCAUGAAUACAUAACUAGAAGAAGCGAAUACAAAGCUGGUAAUAUUGUUCAAGCUAUACAACAGGGUUUUCUGGAAUUAGAUAAAGCAAUGCAAGAUGAUGCAGCACUUAAAGAUGAACAAGCAGGAACUACUGUUAUAGCACUUCUUAUAAAGGAUAAUAUUAUAUAUAGUGCAAACGCAGGUGACAGUAGGGCAGUGGCAAGCAUUAAUGGUAAUGCUGUUCCACUUAGUCGCGAUCAUAAACCUACAUUGAAAGAUGAACGUGAAAGAAUCGAAGUUGGUGGUGGCUGGGUUGAAUUUAACAGAGUUAAUGGUCAAUUAGCAUUAUCUCGUGCUCUGGGAGAUUUUAUGUUCAAACGAAAUGAACGUAAACCACCGCAAGAACAAAUCGUAACUGCUUUUCCUGAAGUUCAAGAGUUUCGAAUAACACAAGAUUGGGAAUUUGUUGUAUUGGCUUGUGAUGGUAUUUGGGAUGUAAUGACGAGUAAUGAAGUAGUCAAUUUUAUACGAACACGUUUAGUUCAGUCGAAAUUUGGGAUAGGAAAAGAACAGGAUACAAUGGAUCCUGAAGAAAUUUGUGAAGAGCUUAUGAAACAUUGCCUUGCUCCAGAUGCCUUAAUGGGUACUGGUUGUGAUAAUAUGACGGUCAUCCUUGUAUGUUUCCUUCACGGAAAACCAUAUUCUCAUUUAAUUUCACGCUGCAAGGAAUCUAUUGUUUCGAACAAUGGACAAGAAGUGUCCAAAUAUAAGUAUAGUAACAAUUUUAGUAAAAUGCAGUAAAUUUUCGUUCAAAGUCCAUAACGAUCUUGUAAAGAAGAAACAGCCGCAUUGGCAAGAGAACUUA